GGCACACGCCAAUCACACUAAAAACGCGGCUCUGGUUGGUUCGGCGCUAUUAUUAAGGAGGGUCCUGACGACAGUCGCUGUGUUGAAUUCCAGUGCUAACCAACUUUAGCCAGCGCGCUAACAUGUAAUUGAGCGAAUUUGAAGAGCUUCACGUGCUGCGCAGUCCUGGCUUUAAUAGCGUCAAUGAUAAGUUGCAAACAGGCCGCAGUGUAAACAUUCGCCUCCAUGUUGGCUGCUGCGUGUGCAUCAGCUCCUGCUACCGGGACAUGGYCAGUUAGCCAGUACGCAGCAUUCGUUGGAUAAACGAAGCUGGCGAGCUAGCUGGAAGGAAGGGAAAAAAAGCCGUUCGGACCGGGGCGGCGGGGGGCGGCUUGUGAACAGGUUCGUCGCUCGGAGGAGGCGGAAAGCCGGAUGCUGUGACUGCCAUGAGUCCCGCAGGCUGCCCCCAUGUGAACAGCUUCAAAGUGGACAACUGGAAGCAGAACCUGAGGCUUAUUUAUCAGUGUUUCGUGUGGAGCGGUUCAGCCGAGACCAGAAAACGCAAGGCCAAGUCAUGCAUCUGCCACAUGUGCGGAGCCCACCUCAACAGACUCCACUCCUGCCUCUACUGUGUCUUCUUCGCCUGCUUCUCCAAAAAACACAUCCACGAACAUGCCAAGAGCAAAAGGCAUAACCUCGCCAUCGACCUGCUGUACGGAGGAAUUUACUGCUUUAUGUGCCAAGACUACAUUUAUGACAAAGAGAUGGAGCAGAUUGCCAAAGAGGAGCAGAGGAAAGCCUGGAAGAUGCAAGGCAUCGGGGAGAAGUACUCGACGUGGGAGCCAACCAAGARGGAGCUGGAGCUGCUGCGCCACAAUCCCAAGAGGAGGCGGAUCACCUCCAACUGUACUAUUGGUCUACGCGGUCUGAUCAACCUGGGCAACACCUGCUUCAUGAACUGCAUCGUCCAGGCGCUGACGCACACGCCGCUGCUGCGCGACUUCUUCCUGUCCGACCGACACAAGUGCGAGAUGCAGAGCAACUCGUGCCUCGUGUGCGAGAUGUCCCAACUCUUCCAGGAGUUCUACUCAGGCCACCGCUCCCCUCACAUCCCGUUCCGCCUGCUGCACCUGGUGUGGACCCACGCCCGGCACCUUGCCGGCUACGAGCAGCAGGAUGCCCACGAGUUCCUCAUUGCGGCGCUGGACGUGCUGCACCGACACUGCAAAGACGACAAUGGGAAGAAAGCCAACAACCCAAACCACUGUAACUGCAUCAUUGACCAAAUCUUCACAGGGGGUCUGCAGUCUGACGUCACCUGCCAAGUGUGCCAUGGUGUUUCGACGACCAUAGACCCGUUCUGGGACAUCAGCCUGGACCUACCCGGAUCCUCCACGCCUUUCUGGCCCCUCAGCCCCGGAGGAGACUUGACAGCACUUAACGGGGAGAGUCACGCCACUGGAGCUACAACACUUAUGGACUGUCUGCGCAGGUUCACCAGACCGGAGCACCUCGGCAGCAGCGCCAAGAUCAAGUGUAGUGGUUGCCAUAGUUACCAGGAAUCCACCAAGCAGUUAACCAUGAAGAAGCUGCCUAUUGUGGCCUGUUUUCACCUUAAAAGAUUUGAACAUUCAGCCAAACUACGGAGGAAGAUCACUACUUAUGUCUCGUUCCCACUGGAGCUGGACAUGACCCCCUUCAUGGCCUCCAGUAAGGAGAGCAGGAUGAACGGGCAGUACCAGCAGACCGUGGAGGCGUUCAACAAUGACAAUAAGUACAGUUUAUUUGCCGUGGUGAACCACCAGGGGACACUAGAGAGCGGCCAUUACACCACCUUCAUCCGGCAGCACAAAGACCAGUGGUUCAAGUGUGACGACGCCAUCAUCACCAAGGCCAGCAUCAAAGAUGUGCUUGACAGUGAAGGGUACCUCUUGUUUUAUCACAAACAGUUCCUGGAGUACGAAUAGCCUCCAGGAGGAACCCAAUCAGGAAAAGGUGACGAGUAUGUAAGGGAAGAGGCAUGGAGAGGGAGAACGCCAGACUGGCUGUAAACACGGAGCCACCGUUCCUCCGCGCAGCAGCARGACCCUGCRCAGGGACGAAACCGAAUAAAAAUGACUCGUGCAAAACUGCUAGAAAUACAGACAUUUGUGUUCUUGCUGAAGUUAUCACUUGAAUUCAGGACAUGAAGAGGGAAAAAGAAGCUGUGAAAUUCUGCUUUUGCUUUUCAGAUCAUGGACAGUUAGUGUCUUAUCCCAACAUUUUUUCUGUUAAUUACGAAGUAAAACUCCGGGAAGUUUUAGAUUAAAAAAUAAAUAAAUAAAAAAUUAUUUCAAUUUAUUUUUUUCAARCCCCACUUCCGUCUUCAUGCUUGCACAGCCGCAUUCAUCGCCAGGCAACGUUUCCGGACACGGGCGCACACUUCAUCUGACGCGCAAACACUCCUCCGCAAGACCAAAUAUUUUCAGCACGGAAGWUGUCUUAUUAUGCAGUUUCUGUCCAGAGUUGGGRAAUAAUGGAAGACUAUCAUCUGACAGUAUUCUAAUGUUAUUCCAAUUAUUAUUUGUCAGAUUGUUGUAGUCAAAGUGGUACUAUUAUUGUUAUYAUUAAAAAAAAGGCUUCCAUAGUUAAAGAGGGGAAAUGAAUGACCCAGUAAAUAUAUUUUUAUACAUCUUGCAUUCGAAUGGUUUGUUUACGGUUUUGCAUUCUCUUUGAAAAAAAGAAAAACAAAAUGCAUUAUUCGUCUGUUGAAUCGUGUCGUCGAUCAUGUUUUUGUACACAAAAGACAAAAAGAUGCUAUAAUGAUUUUUGUGAAGCUGCUGCUAUUGCCGUUUUUUUGUUUGUUUUCUUUACCUUUAUCUAGUGCUAAACUGUUAUUGGCACCUCUGGGUUUGUGUAAAAACAUAAAUUUCUCUUUUAUUGCAUUACAAUAAUCUCACCCCAACAAAAUUAAGAACAGUCCAAAUUUUUGUGAAAUCGUUGUCACAGUUUGAAUACGUUGUACCGUCUUCUGCCUGUAGGAAGGCUCUUUCAGAAAGGGCGAUCUUUGACUAUUCCUCUUUGCAUAUCAUUACUCCAUUUUCUCGAGUAUACAGUACUCACCACUUCAUKUAGGGCUAGCGACUGAGGGAAAGCUGGUUCUUGUCUGGUAAUCCAGUUCUCUGUUGAUUCUGACAUGUUUUGAAACACGAUCUUGACCCAGAUGGUUUGUUCCCCAAAUCCGUACAAAAUGCCCCUCAUUCCUACACAUGUGGGUUUUCAAAAGUCAAUACUGCAGCAGUUAAAAAGUUUCGCACCAUCUUCCUUUGUAAAGGCUAAUGACACGUCUUCCAUUUUGUUCUUUUGACUUUGAAGUGUUCCAGCAGUCUGGGGGGAAAAAAACUACCCCUGGCUGAAGUCCAGAGACUUAUUUCUUUUUUCUUUUUUUUUCCUCURUCUUGGCACGCGUCAGCUCAACCCGUCCGAUUGUAUGUUAAUGCCAGGAAAUGAAUGUGCAGGAUGCUCCGCUUCAGCCCUGGUGUGCUUUCAUCUUUAGCUGCUACAGUAUUUUACUAUGAAGCAGUGAUUGGUGGUUCCUCUGUCUGGGUUACUCCACUUUAGGAGGAGCUUUAACACAAAUCCUUUUUUUCUUCUUUUUCCCCCCCCAUCACCAGUUGCAGUAGGUUUGACAACUGGUUGGCAUAUAGAUGGUGUCUAAUGGUUGCUAUGGACACUUUUCUCCUUUACCUUCCUGUUUGCGGCUAAACCAGUGUCCUUGUACGUCGUGUGGCCAGAAUAAAAGAAAGUUGAGCUUCCUGUGUUACACAUUAACAGCCCGUGAAAACAGGAAGUCAUUAAUUACUUUAAUUGAAUAAAAAAAAAGUAAAGCAUAGAUGAAAAAUUCCUUCAGGAUACGAAUAGUCUUUCUUUUUUUUAUUUAACAUUAUUCUGCAUAAGUGUACAGUUUCUGUGAGGUUAUUUACUGCAGUAAAAUAUGAAUUUAUGAAGAUUUCGUCAAGGAAUGCCAAUAAGUUUUUUUUGUUUGUAUUUUUUUUUUUUGUAUUUUUUUUUGUUUUCUGUGACUUUUUUUUUCCCUCCCUGCGUUGACGGCACGUUGUCAUGUUGCUGUUUCAGGAAAAUGACCUAAAAAAGAGACGAAUGGAAGAAAAAGAAGGUCGAGUUUGUGUAAAGGGUGAAAAGCCGCAGCGUUAACAGUCACCUGCACGCUGCUCCGUCCAUUUAGGCGCGCGCGUCUGCGAAAGAGGAAGAAACUCAAAAGUUUAGAGUAGAUGUUUGUAUAAAAUGUGUUCUGUGUAAAGAGAAAAAAAAA